CUGUUUGCUGCGCUGCGGACGCGGCUCGGUCCCACCCCGAGGCCGGGCAUGGCGACGGCGGCGAAGAGGCCCAAGCAGGUGGCUGCAGGGGGCAGCCUUGCGGAGGAUGGCAGAGCUGACGCCCUUUCUGGCUUCCUGGAUUGGUGUGAGAAGGUCGGGUUGGAGCUCAGCCCAAAGGUCUACGUGAGCAAAGAGGGCACGGUGUCAGACUACGGCCUGUUGGCCAGAGAGGACCUCCAGAUCGGAGAAGUCCUCUUCACCAUUCCAAGAGCCGCGCUCCUGUCCCAGCACACCACCUCCAUCCGGUCCCUCUUGGAAAAAGACCAAGCGUCGCUGGAGAGUCAGUCUGGCUGGGUGCCUCUCCUUCUGUCUUUGCUGCAUGAAUACACGGCCAGCAACUCCCACUGGCGUCCCUACUUCUCGCUCUGGCCUGACUUCAGCAGCCUGGAUCACCCCAUGUUCUGGCCUGAAGAAGAGAGGGUGAGGCUCCUACAAGGCACUGGCAUCCUCGAAGCGGUGGACAAAGACCUGGCCAACAUCCAGCUGGAGUACACCUCCAUCAUCCUGCCCUUCAUGGAGUCCCACCUGGACCUCUUUGACCCCAAGCUGCACACGCCGGAGCUGUACCGGAGGCUGGUGGCGUUCGUCAUGGCCUACAGCUUCCAGGAGCCCCUGGAUGAGGAAGACGAGGAUGAGAAGGAGCCCAACCCACCCAUGAUGGUGCCCAUGGCUGACAUUUUGAAUCACGUGGCCAAUCACAAUGCCAACCUGGAAUAUUCCCUGGAGUGUUUGAAAAUGGUCACCACGCAGCCCAUCAGCAAAGGCCACGAGAUCUUCAAUACCUACGGCCAGAUGGCCAACUGGCAACUCAUGCACAUGUAUGGCUUUGCUGAGCCGUACCCCGGCAACACGGACGACACUGCCGACAUCCAGAUGGUGACUGUGCGCAGGGCUGCCCUGCAAGGUGCCAGCACUGAAGCGGAGCGGCAGCUGGUCUCUGAGCAGUGGGAUUUCCUUUGCCAGCUGGAGAUGGUGGGGGAAGAAGGAGCCUUUGUGAUUGGCUGGGAGGAAGUGUUGACAGAGGAAGAGCUGUCCAUGACAUUGAAGGUGCUGUGUAUGGCUGCAGAAGAAUUCAAAGAGUUUAAAGAGCAUGAGGGCUGGGAAGAAGACACAGAGGAUGAAGAGAGCUUUACUUUGUCUAACGAGACAAUACCCAGACUCAAAGCCUCAUGGAAGAAGCUUCUCCAUGACAGUGCGCUGCUGACGCUGGAGUCUUACAGCUCAGACCUGAAAGCAGAGCAGGACUUGCUCAAUGACAAGGUGGCUUAUGGCAAACUAAGCCCGAGAGAGCAGCGGGCCUUGCAAGUGCGCUAUGGGCAGAAGAGGAUCUUGCACCAAUUGCUGGAGCUGACAAGCUAGCAGAGGCUGAACUGGGAAUUGCAGCCCUUGUAUAAAGUACACCUUGCGCUCUCUCCCCCACUGGUGGGAUGGAUGGGGUGGCCACUUGUAUUCAGGAAGAACAGAGGAUGAGAGUUGAUUUGGACCCACUUACUCCUGGUAUUUCUGUAUUGGCUUUUCAUCUACCUCUUGACUUUUCUAUAAAUUACAUACCUGUCUUACUGGGGAGGGAAAAGUCUGUUCCUUAAAUUUCAGCCGUAAGUGUGACAUGCAGGAGGGUUCCCCGUGUUCAAGAACCCAGUCUAGCCAUGCUAACUUUGAGGCAGUGGCCCACCCCUUGGCCACUAAUUGUCACAGAACACUGAUUUUAUACAUGCAAGGAUGACACCUUGAAGUGAUUCUCAUUCACUGUUACAAGCAUCUAAGAAAAUGCUCACUCUAGUCACCAGGGAGUUUUCCAUUAGUAGAACAUUCUGCUUACAGCCUUCAAACUCUGUAAGCAGCUGUGCCUGCAGCCCUGCCCUGCCAGUAACUUGUUCAAAGCCUGAGUAGGGCUGCAGAUUUUUCCCAAGCUUCAGACUACAGGUAGUACAUUUCAGAACCCUGGAUCUGCUACAGUUGGCUCAAUUCUCUCCCUUGGACUUUAUUCUGCGUACAGUCAAGCAACAUGCCCUGAGACAGAGCUAGCAGCUAGCAUCAUAUUGUUACUCAAUUUUGCUGUAGGUAAAGCCUGAGGUGUUUUGGGGUGCAACUGAGAUGAACAUGGGCUUUUAG